CUGCCUUCCUCCGCGGGGCGCCAGCCGCCUUAGGCCCGAGUAAGAGCGGACGGCGGGCGCAGCUGCAGCGUGAGCGCCGGCCGGGGCUGGUGGGCCCCGCACCUUUGCUCCUCCUGAACGACCGCGUCCUCGGACAUGGUGGCCCCCGGCUCUGUGACCAGCCGGCUGGGCUCGGUGUUCCCCUUCCUGCUCGUCCUGGUGGACCUACAGUACGAGGGUGCUGAAUGUGGAGUGAAUGCAGAUGUUGACAAACAUCUUGAAUUGGGCAAGAAACUACUUGCAGCUGGCCAGCUAGCUGAUGCCUUAUCUCAGUUUCAUGCUGCAGUAGAUGGUGACCCUGAUAACUAUAUUGCUUAUUAUCGGAGAGCUACUGUCUUCUUAGCUAUGGGCAAAUCAAAAGCAGCACUUCCCGAUUUAACUAAAGUGAUUGAAUUGAAGAUGGAUUUCACUGCAGCAAGAUUACAGAGAGGUCACUUGUUACUCAAACAAGGAAAACUUGAUGAAGCAGAAGAUGAUUUUAAAAAAGUGCUCAAAUCAAAUCCAAGUGAAAAUGAAGAAAAAGAAGCCCAGUCCCAACUUAUCAAAUCUGAUGAAAUGCAGCGUUUGCGUUCACAAGCACUUGAUGCUUUUGAAAGCUCAGAUUAUAUUGCUGCUAUAACCUUCCUUGAUAAGAUUUUAGAGGUUUGUGUUUGGGAUGCAGAACUACGGGAACUUCGAGCUGAAUGUUUUAUAAAAGAAGGGGAACCUAGGAAAGCGAUAAGUGACUUAAAAGCUGCUUCAAAAUUGAAGAAUGAUAAUACUGAGGCAUUCUAUAAAAUCAGCACACUGUACUAUGAGCUAGGAGACCAUGAACUGUCUCUCAGUGAAGUUCGUGAAUGUCUUAAACUUGACCAGGAUCAUAAAAGGUGUUUUGCACACUAUAAACAAGUCAAGAAACUUAAUAAGCUGAUUAAGUCAGCUGAAGAGCUCAUCAAAGAAGGCAGAUACACAGAUGCAACCAGCAAAUAUGAAUCUGUCAUGAAAACAGAGCCAAGUGUUUCUGAAUAUACAGUUCGUUCAAAAGAAAGGAUUUGCCACUGCUUUUCUAAGGAUGAGAAGCCUGUUGAAGCUAUUCGAGUGUGUUCGGAAGUUUUACAGAUGGAACCUGACAAUGUGAACGCCUUGAAAGACCGAGCAGAGGCCUAUUUAAUAGAAGAAAUGUACGAUGAAGCUAUUCAGGACUAUGAAACUGCUCAGGAACACAAUGAGAAUGACCAGCAGAUUCGAGAAGGUCUAGAGAAAGCACAGAGGCUACUGAAACAGUCGCAGAAACGAGAUUAUUAUAAAAUCUUGGGAGUAAAAAGAAAUGCCAAAAAACAAGAAAUCAUUAAAGCAUACCGAAAAUUAGCACUGCAGUGGCACCCAGAUAACUUCCAGAAUGAAGAAGAAAAGAAAAAAGCUGAGAAAAAGUUCAUUGACAUAGCAGCUGCUAAAGAAGUCCUCUCCGAUCCAGAGAUGAGGAAGAAGUUCGACGACGGAGAAGACCCCCUGGAUGCAGAAAGCCAACAAGGAGGGGGCGGCAACCCUUUCCACAGAAGCUGGAACUCAUGGCAAGGGUUCAAUCCCUUCAGCUCAGGCGGACCUUUUAGAUUUAAAUUCCACUUCAAUUAAACCAGCUGUUUUUCUGCUCUUCAUUUUUUAAAGAUUAAAAACAAAAAAACCUUGUUCCAGGAUCUUAAUGAAAAAAAAAUUUCAGUCUUUCAGUUUGUCCAUGACCAAAGAGUUGUUUUCAUAGGAAAUAUCUGUUCUUUCAUCCGUUUUAGACUUGAGGCUGAUGGGUUUGUGAGGGCAGGGAGGCCGGGGAACGGUUCUGUGUCUGGGCUGUGAACGUCGGGACGAAGGAGUCUGAGGCAGGCGCACAGAGUUUGUAGUUUUCUACACUGGAGCACGUGGAAAUUCUUUUCUUCACGUCCUUGCUUACGUGUCAGCGCCUGCAUCUGUGAGGAGGAGCGGUGGUGUCUGUCGGGAUUCUCCCAGAGGAACGAACGCUCUGAGCUGUACGUUGUCAGGGACGGCUUUGCUUCCAUUCUGGUCAGUCCGGUCACUUGUGAACAUGCCCAGUUUCCACAUGCAUCCCCACCUCUCUACGAGCAUCACUGUGUCUGUCGGUGAAGGUGGGCAGAGCCUGUCUUUUAGAAAACCUGCUACCGAAUGAUUGAUAGUCGCUGGAGCCAGGGUUAGAUUUGGACUGAUGUUAAGCAUGUAUGUUUUUUUGUUCAGUACCUGCAGGGGAAUACUGAAAAUCGAAUUAACUGUAAAUCCUACUGGCCCUUUUAAUAUGAAACACAACAAACGAAAAAGUAAUGUGUAAAAUAGGUUCAGAUAAUAUAGCAGUGGUAUUUAAAAUAAUAUUGCUGUAGUGCAGAAUGAAAUACUUUAACAACUGAAGUUGUGAGUUAAACAGCAUUUCCUGUAACAGGAUUGGCUUAGAAAUGUAAAGUCGCUCAGUCAACAUAAACAAACAGAACGCCAUGUUUCCCACUUUUAGUAAAUACAGCCGACAGUAUCUCUUAGGUCCUGGCCGACCUGGCCCGUGGGUGCUCGUGUGGGACUGUUUUGAGGUGGGCGUUAAAUAGCAGGCCUGCCCCUUUUUCAGACCUUGAUGCCUCUGGAUGUUCUCUGCCAGAAAAAAACAACAAAACAACAAAAAACAGGUUUACAGAUCUAGUCAGCUCCAGCUGUAUGUCCACUAUCAAGAUGGCAUCUCUUCUUGGGAUACCUUCUUCUUACCUUUUAAGAGAAAUGAACUAUUCAGUCUUUAUAUACUGGAUAACUUUUUCCCAAAAAAAAAAAAAAAAAGAGUGUUACUUUAAUCAA